AUGCUGCGACUUCUUCUCCUAUUUGGAGGAGUUUUAGCAGUAAACUCUCUACGCGUUGCAAUCGUUGGUGAGGGAGUCAUUGGUUUGAGUACAGCGACUGCAAUUCUCGAUUUGGCCGCGAAGGAGAACGUCACUGCUCCGGACAUUCAAAUCUUCCAUCACAAACCAUUCGAGAAGAUUUUGAGUCGACAUAUUGCCGGUCUCUUCCGUAUCGAUAGUGGAUCAGAAAUCAACAAAAAGUAUGGAUAUGAUACAUUCGAGAAACUGGCAACUCUAUGGAGAGAAUACGGUGGACUCAGUGGUGUACAACUCGUCUCAGGACACAUUCUAUCGGAUUCGAAACCAAGAUUAGAUUCACAACGUGUCGCUUAUGGAAAUCUUGUCUAUAAUUAUCGAGAUUUAACUGAACCUGAACUUUUUGGUCCAACAUCUCUAUUCGAUUUACCAAGGAAUACAACAACUCAUGGAAUUCAUUAUACUGCAUACACUUCAGAAGGACUCCGAUUCUGUCCAUUCCUCAAGAAAGAAUUAAUGGCGAAAGGUGUUCGAUUCAUUCAACGAAAAAUUGAAAAUCUGGAGGAUCUUGGAGCCGAAUUCGACGUUGUUGUCAAUGCAGCUGGACUCUAUGGAGGUGUUUUGGCUGGAGAUGAUACUGGAAAUAUGACACCGAUUCGAGGAGUUUUGAUUCGAGUUGAUGCUCCAUGGCAAAAACAUUUUUUGUACAGAGAUUUCUCCACUAUCACUAUUCCAGUAAUCGACUCUGUCUACAUGGGCACAGUCAAACAAGAAGGAGCUUAUGGACCACCCAAUGUGACAUUCAAUGAUAUUCAGGAUAUCACUAGUCGAUAUGUAAAACUUCAACCAUCUUUCAAACGUGUUCACAUGCUCUCCUCAUUCGUCGGAUAUCGUCCAGGUCGCAAGCAAGUUCGUGUUGAGAAGCAAGUUCGCGAGGCAUAUGGAAUGAAGAAAUUCACGGUUGUCCACAACUACGGUCACGGAGGAAAUGGAUUCACCCUGGGCUACGGUAGUGCUGUUCAUGCCGCCCGUCUCGUACUCGAUUUACCACUUGAUGACUACAAGGGAAUCAUUCCAGACCCACUUCCAGUUAACACGACAAUCGGCGAAUGGGUUCACGUGCUUGACGAUUAG